CGUCUCUUUGUAAAUAGUUUUUAGCAACUGAUGGGAAAUAACAGAUGCAGCAUCUGACGCGAUUGAGAACACAACAAAUCGGUAUCGCGAUUUCCGUAUUAUUUUUCAACUGUUGUCUAAUUAAAUUUCUUAAUGUAAAUAAUCAAUUUUUAAGCUUUCGUACGAUGGUUACUUCUUAAAUAUUUAAAUAAAAAUGGUAAAUAUUUGAUGAUCUUAAAUUGAAUAUCGCGUCUCGCAGCCGCUUUAAUCGACCGCGGCUGCCAGUACUGUUGGUUUUAAUUAACUCGGCUCAAUAAAUUGAAUAGUUCAAAUAAAUAAUUGAAAAUAACAGAAAAAAACGCCAAUGUAUAAGCUUUCUAAUGAAUGUUAUUUGUUAAAUUUCUGACCAAAAAUGACAGAGCAAUAAUAUAUAUUUACAGUGAAGGUGACGAAAUUUUUUACCCGAAACUCAGUCGCAGUUGGAAGACAAACCGUAAUCACGUUGUGUUUAACUUGUCAUCUCUUUUUUAAUAUGUUAUGCAUUGACAUAUAAAUUAGAUAUUUAGAAAGAGCAACAUUUCAUCUUCCUAAAAUGGGUAACAUUAUAAAUAUUGAAUAACAAAUGACGUGACCAUCGGGAUUUAAAUUACCAAGGUAAACUAUCAUCUCGGUUAACAACGUGAAGCUAUUACGCGUUAUCGAUAAAAUCAAUAAUUAUCUGCUUAUCUGACUGGAUUAUCAGCCACGACAGCAUAUUUUCGCCGUUAUUGGAUUUAUGCAAUGAGUUGCGGAUACCGUUAAUACACAUACCUGAUGUCACGGUCUGAACUUGGUCAAGUGAGGGGAGAAGUGUUGUAGCGGCCCGGAGAGCUAACUGUGGUCACACUGCUGCGUCAAGGAUCAAUAUACAGACAAAUAUGAAAAAUAGUACUAUAUCGUUCAUAAACAGAUGAACUAACAAGUAAUAAAUAAAAAUAAGUUAUUUUUAAAGUUGAUCAAGUCACUGAGAGGGAUAUCCGAUGCAGAUGUAUCACAUUCAACACAAAAAUUCCGAAUUGUCAGUUAAAUACUGGCAUGUAGCCUGUUUGCAAACUGCACGACAUUAUUAUUUCUGACACACAUAAUUGAUGACAUCACAAAGAUGGUGGUCAAAACAUAGCCGGCUGGAUAGAUUUUCAGUGGAUUUUCUCCAUAAAUAAAAAUGGCAACGCGAAGUUUAACGGAAGUUUUCAUAUUGAUGCGGAAUAAUGCACUUCAAAGUAGAAAUAUAUUUUCGGAUCAUCUUGCUGAUGACAGGAUGGGGCUUAUGACCAAUGUUAAUCUAGAUCUUGAAUCUGGAUCAGUAAACACAAGAUCUAAUAGACUGCCUCCUGAAUGGGUUGAUGGUGUAGAAGAAAUUCAGUAUGAAAUGACAAGAAUUAAGUUGAAAAUGAAAGAGUUGAGCUCGCUACAUGACAAACACCUGACCCGGCCUGCAUUUGAUGACAGUAUUGACGAGGAACAUUCCAUUGAAAUCAUGACACAAGAAAUUACACAGAUGUUCGCCCAUUGCCAAAGGUUGAUACAGCAGAUAACAGCCCGUAGUAAAAGGGGAACCGAUCAGGAGCGGAAACUUUCACAGAAUAUGCUUGCCUCCCUUGUGAGAACCAUCCAGGAAAUGUCAAAUAACUUCAGAACGAGCCAGUCCACAUACUUGAAAAAGAUGAGGAGUCGUCAGGAGCGGUCCCAGUUCUUUGACAAUGCCAUUGGGUCAGACUCAGGAUUCAUGCAGGAAGAUGAGGUGUAUGCCAGCUAUGACAAGGGUUUCUCACAAGAGCAGGUGAGUCUGGUGGCAGACAACACGACGGCCGUGCAGCAGAGAGACAAGGAGAUCGCAAACAUAGUACGCUCCAUACAGGAUCUCAACGACAUCUUCAAGGACCUCUCCCAGAUGGUGGUAGAUCAGGGUACAAUACUGGACCGAAUAGACUACAACAUAGAGCAUGCAUCGGUGCAGGUAGAGAAAGGCCUACAACAACUGCAGAAGGCUGAAAAGUAUCAGAAAAAGAACAGAAAGAUGUACUUUAUUUUUAUACUCGCGCUGGUGAUAAUUGUACUUAUUGUGAUUCUGAUCGGUGUCAAGAGUUAGCAUUGAAUGAAGUUUUAGGUAAUAUAAAUUUAUGUUAAUUUAUUGAAUGACUGGUUUUAUGAAUGUAAAGGAAGUAUAGUUUCAUCUCUGAAGAGGCAGAUUGUCAUAUAUGACACAUAGUGAUGCCAAUGACACCAUGUUGUAUACAAGAGAUGAUUUAUGAAUGAACAUAUGAGUCGUGUUCUGGGAAAACUGGGCAUAAUGCAUGUGUCUAAAGUGUCAUCCCAGAUUAGCCUGUGCAAUCCGCACAGGCUAAUCAGGGCGACACUUUCCGCUUGUAUGACAUUUGUUAAAAUAGAGUCUCUUCAUAGCAAUAAGCUAGUUUACGCGGCAUUGUGCCCAGUUUUCUCAGAACACAACUCAAAUGUUAUGAUGAAGAUCAGAUGUUUCCAUGUUGAUACGGAUCUUCUUAAUAUUUUGAAAAUCAAAAACUACUUUCUUUUGUAUGAAGUUCUUGCUUCAUCCAAAUCCACAGUACAUAGUCCAUUGUCACUACAUAAUUUACUGUGCGGAAAAAAGGUGGCUACAUUUUGUUUUCAUAAAAACUAGUAUUGGUGAGCCAACUUAGAUCCUCUCAAAUACGACUUUUUUAAUACUUAUAAUCUUUGACUAUGGUUUGGUAAGCAAUGAUCUUUUAUUCAAUUAAUUGAAAUUAUAAAAAACGUCACAGUGAAUGUGACAAUUCAAAACCCCAUAGUCAGUUAAGAGGCAUAGUGUUUUUGAUAUUAAUGUGGGUUCUUACAAUAGGCACCAUGUUUAAUAAUGUGAACUUUAUUUAAGGCAAAAGGAAAUUGAAAGAAAUACUUCAUAACUGUUCUUUCGAAAUAUCUUACUAGAAGGGUUAUAUUGAAAACACUGUUGUACAUUAUUCAUUUUAAUGUUUGUUUAGCUCAUUGUUAGCUAUUGUGAUUGUCUUUUCACUUAUGUGUUUUGUCUUUCAUUCAUUGUAAAGUUUUUAUGCCUGCGUCAUCUACUUAUGCCAGUAGGAUUAUAACGAUUAACCUGUCUGUUAUUGAGUUCAUCUGCGUGUUGUAUAACAUAAAUACUGCCUGCUACAAAGCUCUGGUACUUGCUGGAUGUUAUAUUUUAGCACUCUCAUCACAACCACAUCGACUCACCUCGAUAAAAUUUUGACAUUCACCUUACUUUUGUCUAAUUUUGAUGGUUCAAGUUGUUGGUUGGUUAACUCAAAAUAACGCAUUUUGUCUAACAUCAAUACAGCAUUCUACACCCAUUGAUACUUGCAUGGAUGUUAUAUAUGAACACUAUAAAUACACCUCAUGUUUACCCUGACAUUCAUCUUCUUUAGGACUUAGACCAAUUCAUAAGGUCCAAACCCUUUCCCACUGAGAAGCGAAGUGAAAAUGGCUAUGUGCAAACAGCAUAAAACCAGAAGAGCCUGCGAGUAACUCCCAGUCUGUUCAGGUUUUAUGUUGUUUGUUCCUCAACAGUAUCUUAGGGUUGGAAAUAAAGCCUUUCAAACUUGAAUGUAUUAAGAAAGAACUUAAAUAGAAUUUCAUUUUCUUUUGUUAACCAAAAACUUUGCUUUUAUUCUAACAUCAGUAAUGCUUCCCACAAAGCUUUCAUAGUCACAUGGAUGAUUUUUUUUUACACUUUCCAUCCGCCCCCAUCACCUGACCUCAAGUUGACCUUGAGAUUGAUCUUCUUUCAGACUCAUUCCAGAUACUUGGAUAACCCAAAUGACUCAUUUACUGUAACCUCAAAAAGUUUUCUACAAAGCUUUGAUAUGUGCAUGGAUGUUAUGUGAACACUCUCAACUCACUUCAUUUUGACCUUGGAAUUGAGCUACUUUUGGACGUAAAAUAAUUGAGAAGGUCAACAUUCUUUGUGAACCUUUAUUGGCUGUUAAAUUAACAUUAUACAACUUAUUCUUAAAAGCUUUGAUACUUCCAUCAAACACUCACAUCACUUGACCUCAUUUUGACCUUGACAUUUAACUAAUAAUGGACUAAGAUAUAAACAUAUGGGCCAAUGAAUUGAUACUGAUCAGCUUUUAUUGCACACAGGGUCUUGUACUUUUUGUUAAUACUCUGAAGACAACAUCAUUUGCCCAAUCUUCAUGAAAUUUGCCUAUGAUGGUAGAAUGGAUGAGUUUGAAACUGAGUCAUACGGUGUGCCAAUUGUGGUCAUUAAAAAAAAUGCUUGUGAAAAAUCUUAGAGGCCAUACUUGUUUGUGCAAUCAACCUCACACGUUAGUGUCACAUUGGGCUGUGAGUCUCUUAAGCUUUUUUCACAAAGGCAACUUAAUGAGAUAGCUUUGGACACAUAAGAUGCAUUUUUUAACCAGGUUUUCCGAAGGAAAAAACUGGUUAUUAGAUUGGCGAAUGCGGGCGGGCUGGCUGGCGGGCGGGCGGAACAAGCUUGUCCGAGCCAUAACUAUGUCGUUCAUUGUCAGAUUUUAAAAUCAUUUGGCACAUUUGUUCACCAUCAUUGGACGGUGUGUCGCGCGAAAUAAUUAUGUCGAUAUCUCCAAGGUCAAGGUCACACUUUGAGUUCAAAGGUCAAAAAUGGCCAUAAAUGAGCUUGUCCUGGCCAUAACUAUGUCAUUCAUUGUGAGAUUUUAAAAUCAUUUGGCACAUUUGUUCACCAUCAUGGGACGGUGUGUCGCACGAAAGAAUCACGUCAAUAUCUCCAAUGUCAAGGUCGCCACGACUAAAAAUAGAUUUAAAAAAAAAAAAAAACUUACAAAGGGGGUUAAUUUUGUUUGUUCAUUUCAAAAGUUCA